UCCUCUUCUCAACUUCCGCUUUUGUCUGGAAAUUUCCACACGCCUUCUUUUUCCUCUCAUCUCCAUCCCUCCUUCAAUGGCGUCGCCUCUGCCAGAUUCCAUGGCGGAGGACUCCCCUCUUAGCGAUUACAAGCUCUGCGGCUUCUUGCAGGCAGUCCUCUCCGUCGCCUCGCCCCGACCCCCAACCCUCGGCAUCCCUUUCUCCUUGUUCAGCGAGGGCGGCAUCACUGGAUUCCGAUCUGAUGACGGAACCUCUCUCGUUCCAGUCCAAUACGUCAAUGCCAAUGGAGAACCGGUUGACUCUGUGGUUUCAACUGCGGAUCCAGAUGGAGAUGGAGGUAAGCUGGGUAAGCCGUUUUUGUGGAAGAGGAGGAGAGGACGGGUGCUGGUGAAUGGGAGUAUGAGUGUUGUGCAUCAGCUGCAUGCUCUCGUGUCACACAAUUGCUUGAAGAUUCGGGCCAGGGUGGUGAGGGUUUCGAUGAGGGAGUUCAAAGGUAUGAGAGCUGUGGUGCUGGUUGAUGUUUAUCUUCCAAUUGAGGUCUGGUCUGGAUGGCAGUUUCCCAGGUCGCGUGCGCUGGCUGUUUCUUUGUUCAAGCACUUGAGCUGUAACUGGGAAAUGAGAAGUUCACUGCUUGCUUUUGAUCAGGAUAGUGGAAGCCAUCAAGUGGGUGAUGACUGCGUUUGGGUUUGUUCAGAUUGUCACGUUCUUGGAUGCAAGAUGCAUUAUAUCUCAUCUGAGACUGUUGAUGAAAGGUUAUUUGGUCUUCAUGAAAUUUUUAAAAGUUUACCUUCUAUAAAGAAACAGGAGAAGAUGUGUUCUGCUCAAAUAAAGCCUGAAGAUGAUCCUAUUGGUCCUGGUAUCUGGAAUCUGGCCGAUGACGUUUUGGUGAAUGUGUUGACUAUACUUGGCCCUAAGGACCUUCUUAGCAUUGCAGCCACUUGUCGCCAUUUCUGGUCCUUAGCUAUAUCAAUUAUGCCAUGCAUGAAGCUUAAACUUUUCCCACACCAGGAGGCAGCAGUUAAGUGGAUGUUAAAACGGGAGCGCAAGGUCGAAGUUCUGGAACAUCCUUUAUAUGUUGGUUUUUCAACAGAUGAUGGAUUUUCUUUCUGCAUAAAUGUGGCUUCUGGUGAAAUAUCUACUGGAACGGCGCCCUUCAUUAAUGAUUUUCGUGGAGGAAUGUUCUGUGAUGAGCCUGGUUUAGGAAAGACAAUUACUGCACUAUCUCUUAUUUUGAAAACACAUGGAACUUUGGCUGAUCCCCCACCUGGAGUAGAUGUGGUUUGGUGCAUGCAUAAUCAUGACAAAAAAUGUGGAUAUUAUGAAAUAAGUUCUGAUAAAAUCAGCAGUGGUAACUUCAUGUCAACAUGGAAAAGAUUUACUGGUCAGAAGGUACGAAGGGGAAAGGCUUCUUCAAAUAGAUCAUCUCUAGACUUUGCUUUAGUUGAGAAUUCAAAAUGUUUCUUGUUAAAGCAAGGUUGUGUGGUGGAUUCUGAUCAUCCUGCUGGGUCACCAUUGUCGUCCUGUGUAAAUUCUCAGACUCUGUCUUGCACAGACUCACGCUUUAUGACAGCAAAACAUGCUCUUCGACGCACUAGAAACUUAAGUUAUAUCAAGAGAAAUCUCCUGGAUACAUUCGGAAACAAUUCAGAAGAUGUCAGUCACCCCAAAUUGCCUAGAAGUUGCAAGAAAUCCAGAAAAGAAAAUGCUGAUUGUUUGGAUUAUAAUGAAAACUGGGUUCAAUGUGAUUCCUGUAGAAAAUGGCGAAAAAUCUCUCAGACACUUGAUGAUGCAACAGCGUGGUUUUGUAGUAUGAACAGUGACCCCUCAUAUCAAAGUUGUGCGGUUCCAGAGGAAUGUUGGAAUUAUGAACAAAGGAUAACAUGCUUGCCAGGAUUCUAUACUAAAGGAACCCCUCAAGGGAAAGAGCAAAAUGUGACAUUUUUUACUAAUGUUCUUAAAGAGCAUUUUACCCUUCUUAAUUCUGAAUCAAGAAAAGCUUUAAUUUGGUUGGCUAAUCUUCCACAGAACAAACUUGAUGAGAUGGAGAAGGUGGGUUUAAGGCGUCUGCUUCAUGAUACGUCUGUGGAUCCAAGCCAACAUGGAUAUCAUAAAAUUUUCCAAGCAUUUGGUCUUGUGAAAAGGGUUGAGAAAGGCACAAUUUUGUGGUAUUAUCCACAAAGACUUGACAAUUUGGUAUUUGACUCAACUGCCUUGAAAAUAGCGAUGACCAAACCAUUAGAUUUAUUUAGGUUGUAUUUGUCUAGAGCAACCCUGAUAGUUGUCCCAGCAAAUCUGGUCGAUCAUUGGAAGACUCAGAUCCAGAAGCAUGUUUCCCCUGGACAGCUGCAGAUUUACAUUUGGACUGACAAUAAAAAGCCCUCAGCUCACAAUCUUGCAUGGGAUUAUGACAUUGUCAUUACCACUUUUACCCGGUUAAGUGCGGAAUGGGGUCCUCGUAAGAGGAGUGUCUUGAUGCAAAUACAUUGGCUCAGGGUGAUGUUAGAUGAGGGGCAUACACUUGGCUCGAGCCUCAGCUUAACAAACAAAUUGCAAAUGGCUAUUUCAUUGGUUGCAUCAAAUCGGUGGAUUCUAACUGGAACACCAACUCCAAACACACCAAACAAUCAAGUGGCUCAUCUUCAACCAAUGUUGAAGUUUCUGCAUGAUGAAGCCUAUGGCCAAAAUCAGGAUUUGUGGGAAGCUGGCAUUCUAAGGCCUUUCGAAGCACAUAUGGAGGAAGGACGAGCUCGCCUGCUGCAACUACUUCAAAGGACAAUGAUAAGUGCAAGAAAGAAAGAUUUAAAAAGUAUUCCUCCAUGCACCAAAAAAGUGACUUUUUUAAAUUUCAAUGAAGAUCAUGCCUGGAGUUAUAACGAGCUAGUUGCUACUGUUCGACGGAACAUUCUUAUGGCUGACUGGAAUGAUCCUUCUCAUGUUGAAUCACUCCUUAACCCAAAACAAUGGAAGUUCCGUGGUAGCACUAUUAGGAAUGUUAGGCUAUCUUGCUGUGUUGCUGGACAUAUUAAAGUAACGGAUGCUGGCCAGGAUAUUCAAGAAACAAUGGAUAUGCUUGUGCAGCAAGGUCUUCAUCCUCUUUCAGAAGAAUAUUCACAUAUAAGAAUUUCUCUUCUGAAUGGUUGCAGUUGUUCAAGGUGUGAAGAUUGGUGCCGCUUACCCAUUAUUACACCAUGUAGGCAUCUUUUGUGCCUUGGUUGUGUAUCUCUGGACAGUGAGAAGUGUACCUUUCCUGGUUGCCAAAACCAUUAUGAGAUGCAGAGUCCAGAAAUAUUGACGAGACCAGAAAAUCCAAAUCCAAAGUGGCCUGUUCCAAAAGAUCUGAUUGAGUUGCAGCCUUCAUAUAAACAGGAUGACUGGGAUCCAGAUUGGCAGUCAACAUCAAGCAGCAAAGUUGCUUACCUGUUAGGAAGAUUGAAGGAUUUGUAUGAAUCUAAUAGAAAGAUUGAUUACUGUGUUUCUGGGCUAGAUAAUUGCAAAGUGCUUGAAACAUCUCAGAAGAACCAUUCCUGUAUACCCACCAUUCAGGGAGUUUCCAUGAAACGAUACGGAGAGUAUUCUUGUUUAUUGCCUGACAAAGUGAUUAUAUUUUCUCAGUUUCUAGAGCAUAUACACGUAAUUGAGCAGCAGUUAACAGUUGCAGGUAUCAAAUACGCUGGAAUGUACAGUCCGUUGCACUCUGACAAAAAGAUGAAGGCAUUAGCAAUCUUCCAAAAUGAUCCAAGUUGCCUGGCGCUAUUGAUGGAUGGAAGUGCAGCUCUUGGCCUUGACUUGAGUUUUGUCACAUAUGUGUUUUUAAUGGAACCAAUUUGGGACAGAAGCAUGGAAGAACAAGUGAUUAGUCGCGCACAUCGGAUGGGUGCUGUUCGUCCAAUCAGUGUGGAAACCUUGGUUAUGCAUGGCACUAUUGAAGAGCAAAUGGUGGCGUUCUUACAGGAUAUUGAUUUGUGCCAAAGAGCAUUGAAGCAAGAAUUUAGUAAAGCUGACGGAGGAGUGACACGGCCCCACCGAACGCUGCAUGACUUUGCUGAAAGCAAUUAUUUGGCACAACUUAGUUUUGUUCGAACUAAUGCGAAGUAAUUAAGGUAUUCGGUAGCAUAACCGAUCUCUUCUUUUAUUAUUGCUGGCAAUGUCACUUACCCAAGACCUUGAAUCAUUUUGUAGAGAUUCUUUUGUUAAAGAUGUAUUAGCCCUUCAGUUUUUGUUCUCUGUUUUUGUAACACAUGUAUCUACCACAUGUACAGAAAAUGCUUAUUGUCUAAAGUAGUUAAUUAUACGGUGCUCAUGAACUGUGUAGAUAGUACCAUGUAUGGUAUUCCUUUUUGUGAUUAUUUUUCCUUGUAUCCAGGCAGCGAAAAUGGAAUAUUAUGGUAAUGUUCAUUUAAGAAGGUGUUCAUUUUAGGCCAGCCAUAGCUGCCGCUUGUGUUUUAUUUUAUUUUAGUGUGGAUUCAGUCUAAAUGGAUUGACCUAUAUAGAGAUUUUCAAAAAUUAUGUCUGUUAAUCUGUCUAGGAACCAUUGUAACCUUUGUAAGAUAUAUAAUUAUA